AUGUCGGACAAAACGUUUUUCGAUGAAAUGAAGAGAUCCUUCAAGGAUAUCCCGGUUGAUGAGCACAACCAGAUCUCAACUCGGGAGUUUCUCGAGGCAUCUUCAUCUUUGGUGAAGUUAUUCGACUUGCUUGGUUCGGCGGCUUUUCAAGUCGUGGUUAAUGAUAUGAAUGGAAACAUCACUAAGAUCCAGAAGAGAUUGGCCCAGGAUCCAGAGCAUUCCAACACAUUACAAGGUAUGGUGCUCGAGGAAGCUAAGGAUGGAGGCAAGAAAACGGGCACGCAGGCCUUGCUUUGGCUUUCCAGGGGAUUGCAAUUCACAGAGGCUGCAAUGAGGGAAACAUUGGAUCAUCCAGAAAAGGAAAUGACCGAAACAUUCACCACGGCAUAUAAAGGCACGUUGAUCAAGUACCACUCGAUGUUUGUGAGACCCAUUUUCAAGUUGGCCAUGAAGGCUUGCCCUUACAGAAAGGAUUUCUUUGCAAAGUUGGGGAAAGAUCAGGAGAAGGUGUCGGAGCAAAUCAGGGAAUGGGUGACGGCUUUGGCGGGCAUAGUGAAGAUAAUCAUGAACUUCUAUGCCAGUGGAAACUACGGCAAGGGUUUAUAA